UAAAAUUGCGUCGUCUCUAUCAAAAUUCAGAUUUACUCAAAAUCCAAAUUUUCUCCCUCACGCAAUAUGUUCUCUCUCCCUCCCUCUCUGCCGUUUCCUUCUCCCAAAUUUCUCCGGCGAACGUCGCCGGUUCUCGUCGCCUCCGGCGCGGCGAGGCUGGCGUCUCUCUCCCCUCCUCCUUUCUUUCUUUUUUCUUUCCCUUAAUUUAAAUUAGUAACUACCUAGGAUUUUUAAAUCUUGUUCAAUCCUGUUCUCCGACGAGUUCUGCCGCGCCGCCGCCGUGCUCCUCGCAUCGCCACUCCUCCAUCUCAGAUCUGGGAAUUUCGUUUCCAACGCUCCACUCACCGCCGUCCAGCAACUCGUCCCGCCUCCCCACCGUCGAUCCACUGCUGCGCCUGGCCUCGCCGUCGCCGUCGCCUCGCCGCGCUGCUGCUCCUCUCCUCGCUGCGCCGUGUAUUGCUGCUCCUCGCUGCGCCGUGUAUUUACUUAUAUUUUCACUUUUUUCUGGAUCUGGAAGGCUUAUGAUUGUUGCUUUGAGUCUGAGUUCAUGAAUUUCUUCUAGUUAUUGAUGGAGAUUUCGUGUAUUCCGUAAUAUUAUAGAAUCAUUGGCGUUGUUAUUGAUUAAAUUAUUGCUCGAGUCUGACAAUUGAUCCUUAUUUUAAGUGAUUUUGUUCUGCAUUACGCGAAUUCAUCCGCAGAAAUUUGUGUUGAAUUUGGCUUUGCAAAAUGACAAAGAUCAACAGAGGAGGGCUUUGAAGACGGUCUCUACCCUUUCCGUUGAUCAAUGAUCAUGUUAGAAGUAGCAACCAGAUCAAGAGCAGCUUCGUGGUUGGAACCUCUGCAGGCGGAAGGAAGACGGUGGGGAGGUGGUUGAAGGAUAGGAAGGAGAAGAAGAAAGAGGAGGUGAGGGCGCAGAAUGCACAGCUUCAUGCUGCCAUUUCUGUUGCUGGUGUAGCAGCUGCAGUUGCUGCCAUCGCGGCUGCCACAGCCGUGUCGUCUGGAGCUAGAAAGGAUGAGCAGAUGACCAAGACUGACAUGGCGGUGGCCUCGGCUGCAACACUAGUGGCUGCUGCACAGUGUGUUGAGGCGGCUGAGGCAGCCGUUGGCGCAGCCGGAGCUAUACUGUACGAGGAUCGGUUAAGAGAUGUGGCUCUCUCUUUUCCCCUCCCGGCCUCUUACUUGGGAUCACUUGAUGGUGCUCAAGUUUAUGAUUAUAUCAAUAGAACUAGGAAUCCAACAGCUACCAUUUUGAGGAGUGAUGAAGUCAAUGAAACAAUGGCUCCCUUUGUUGUCUCCUUUUCUUCAAGGGGUCCCAAUCCCAUUACCAUGGACAUCCUCAAGCGUGGUCGGAGGCUAAUACGGCGUCGGGAUAUCCUGAAGAUCCAAGAGUAGUAGGAUGUAGGAUGUUUGAUGUAGGAUGUUUGUAUGAUGGAUACUUUUUCAAUGUAGGAUGAUAAUUAACUUUGAAAUUAAUGAAUGACCUUUUUAUUA